UAUGCUUUCAUACAUUUUUUUAAGCAUUUUCCUAGGGCUGACAUGAAAUUCUCACCUACCAGGACCAAAGCAUCCAUAUAUCAUUUCUGCCUCCUAGCCUGAAGAGAAAUCAAGCUUCGAAAUCUCUUCUAGUUGUGACACAGAAAGAGGGGAAGAAAACAACCAUGACUUCCACAAACACCCAGAUCAUCUCUUAUUCUCCUUCUUCUUCUUCUAAAUCAACCCAUCAAUUCACUUACGAAGUCUUCUUGAGUUUCAGAGGAGAAGACACCCGCUAUGGUUUUACUGAUCAUCUUUAUGAGGCUUUGAUUUCCUGUGGAAUUCGCACCUUUAGAGAUGAUGAAGAACUGGCGAGAGGAGGAAUAAUUGCAUCUGAGCUGCUGGAAGCUAUUGAAGAAUCAAAGAUUUUUGUUAUCAUUUUUUCGGAAAACUAUGCUGCCUCUAGGUGGUGUCUAGAUGAACUCGUGAAGAUCAGUGAGUGUGGGGCAACGGAGGGGCGACGGAUUCUACCAAUUUUCUAUCAUGUGGAUCCAUCCCAUGUGCGGAAGCAAAGAGGGAGUUAUGAAAAGGCAUUUGUUGAUCACGAAAAGGAGGCAGAUGAGGAGAAAAGGGAGAAGAUUCAAAAGUGGAGAAGUGCCUUGGCAAAAGUUGGCAAUCUUGCUGGAUAUGAUCUACAAAAAUAUCAAUAUGAGGCAAGACUUAUCAAGGAAAUUAUUGAUGUCAUCCUCAAAGAAUUGAACUCCAAGCUCUUACUACAUGUUAGCAAGAACAUAGUUGGAAUGAAUUUUCAUUUGGAAAAAUUGAAAUCAUUGAUAAAAAUUGAGUCAAAUGAUGUUCGCAUGAUUGGGAUUUAUGGGCUUGGUGGAAUUGGUAAGACCACAAUUGCCAAAGUUGUAUAUAAUAAUAUCUCACAUCAAUUUGAGAGUAGAAUCUUUCUUGAAAAUGUUAGAGAAAGAUCCAAAGACUACUCAAGUCUACUUCAAUUACAAAAAGAACUUCUUAAUGGUGUCAUGAAGGGAAAAAAUAAAAAAAUAAGUAAUGUUCAUGAAGGGAUUAAUGUGAUAAGAAACAGGUUUCACUCAAAAAAGGUUCUUCUUAUUCUUGAUGAUGUAGACAAUUUGAAGCAAUUACAAUUCUUAGCUGGAGAGCAUAGUUGGUUUGGUCCUAGAAGUAGAAUCAUCAUAACCUCUAGAGAUCAACAUUGUCUAAAUGUGCAUGGAGUCGAUGCAUCAUAUAAAGUUGAGGCACUAAGUUACAAGGAGUCUAUUCAACUUUUCUGUCAACAUGCCUUUAAACAAAACAUUCCUAAAAGUGACUAUGUAAACCUCUCAGAUCAUGUAGUAAAUUAUGUGAAAGGCCUACCAUUAGCUCUUGAAGUUUUGGGUUCAUUUCUUUUUUAUAAAAGUGUGCCUGAGUGGGAAAGUGCAUUACAAAAACUAAAGGAAAAUCCCAACAUAGAAGUCCAAAAUGUACUUAAGAUAAGCUUUGAUGGAUUGGACAAGAAAGAGCAAGAAAUAUUCCUUGACAUUGUGUGCUUCUUCAAGGGAUGGAACGAAAAUGAUGUAACAAGACUAGUAAAGCAUGCAAGGAUUGGAAUAAGAGUUCUUAGUGACAAGUGCCUCAUAACUCUUUGUGGUAAUACCAUAACGAUACAUGAUUUGGUAGAAGAAAUGGGUAGAGAAAUUGUUCGACAUAAACAUCCUGAAGAGCCUGGAAAAUGGAGCAGAUUGUGGGAUCCUAAGGAUAUUUCCCUUGUAUUGAGAAAAAAAAUGGGAACGAAAGCAGUUGAAGCAUUAUUUCUAGAUAUGUGUAAAUCAAGAGAGAUCUCAUUUACUACUGAAGCUUUCAAAAGGAUGCGGAGACUUAGAUUACUCAAAAUUUAUUGGAGUUGGGGUUUUCUUAAUUAUAUGGGAAAAGGGUAUCAAAAGCUCCUCCUUCCUAAAAACUUUCAAUUUCAUUCACAUUAUUUAAGAUAUCUUCAUUGGGAAGGAUACUCUUUGAAAUCCUUGCCUUCAAAUUUUGAUGGAGAGAACCUCAUUGAACUCAACUUGCAGCAUAGCAAUAUAGAACACCUUUGGCAAGGGGAAAAGUAUCUUGAAGAGUUGAAGAUCUUGAAUUUAUCAGAAUCUCAGCAGCUUAAUGAAAUCCCACACUUCUCAAAUAUGUCAAAUCUGGAGCAACUAAAUGUUAAAGGUUGUAGAAGUUUGGAUAAUGUUGACUCAUCUGUUGGCUUCCUGAAGAAGCUUACUUUGUUAAAUUUGAGAGGGUGCCAAAAGAUUAGGAGCUUGCCAAGUACAAUUCAAAACUUGGUCUCUCUUAAAAGUCUUUAUAUAGAUGGUACUGCUAUUGAAGAAUUACCCUCCUCAAUCUGUCAUCUCACCUCACUUCAAGUUCUAUCUAUUAGUGAAUGCAAAAACUUGAGGAGUCUUCCGAGCAGCAUUUGUAGGUUGAAAUACCUUGAAGAACUUAAUCUCUAUGAUUGUUCAAACUUGGAGACUUUUCCGGAAAUCAUGGAGGAUAUGGAAUGCUUAAAGUCGCUUGAUUUAAGUGGAACGUGUAUAAAAGAGCUUCCAUCAUCAAUUGAGUUUCUAAAACAUCUCGUUGAUUUGCGGUUAGUGAAGUGUGAAAACUUGAGGAGUCUUCCGAGCAGCAUUUGUAGGUUGAAAUACCUUAAAGGACUUAAUCUCUUUGAUUGUCCAAACUUUGAGACUUUUCCGGAAAUCAUGGAGGAUAUGGAAAGCUUACAAGAGCUUGAUUUAAGUGGAACGUGUAUAAAAGAGCUUCCAUCAUCAAUUGAGUUUCUAAAACAUCUCGUUGAUUUGCAGUUAGUGAAGUGUGAAAACUUAAGGAGCCUUCCGAGCAGCAUUUGUAGGUUGAAAUACCUUGAGAAACUUAAUCUCUCCGAUUGUUCAAACUUGGAGACUUUUCCUAAAAUCAUGGAGGAUAUGGAAUGCUUAAAGUUGCUCGUUUUAAGUGGAACAUGUAUAAAAGAGCUUCCAUCAUCAAUUGAGUUUCUAAAACAUCUCACUGAUUUGCGGUUAGUGAAGUGUGAAAACUUGAGGAGUCUUCCGAGCAGCAUUUGUAGGUUGAAAUACCUUGAAGAACUUAAUCUCUAUGAUUGUUCAAACUUGGAGAAUUUUCCGGAAAUCAUGGAGGAUAUGGAAUGCUUAUAUUUGCUUAAUUUAAGUGGAACGUGUAUAAAAGAGCUUCCAUCAUCAAUUGAGUUUCUAAAACAUCUCACUUAUUUGCGGUUAGUGAAGUGUGAAAACUUGAGGAGUCUUCCGAGUAGCAUUUGUAGGUUGAAAUACCUUGAAAAACUUGAUCUCUAUGAUUGUUCAAACUUGGAGACUUUUCCGGAAAUCAUGGAGGAUAUGGAAAGCUUACAGGAGCUCGAUUUAGGUGGAACGUGUAUAAAAGAGCUUCCGUCAUCAAUUGGAUAUUUAAAUCAUCUUAUUCAUUUGCAUUUGAGCCACUGCAAAAACUUGAGGAGCCUUCCAAGUAACAUUGGUAGGUUGAAAUUGCUUCAAAAAGUUUGUCUCGGUGGCUGUCCAAACCUAGUCACAGAGGGCAUAGAAAAUUUAAUAAAUCUUGGUUUAUUAGAAACUCAAUAUCUGAUGGAUGGAGUAACCCUAAGUGAUUUACGGUGCCUAUCCUUGCUGAAAAGAUUAGAUCUAAGUCAAAACAAUAUGCGUCACAUACCUACUGCUAUUACUCAACUUUGUAAUCUAAGGUGCCUUAAUAUCAGUCACUGCAAGAUGCUUGAAGAAAUUCCAGAGCUUCCAUCAAGUCUAAGAGAGAUAAAUGCACAUGAUUGCCCAAUCUUUGGAACUCUAUCAAAUCCAUCAACUCUUCUCUGGUAUUUUCUCCUCAAAUGGUUCAAGAAAAUUGAGCCUCCUUUGAAAUGGAGAAGCAUUAAUCUAGGAAGUAAUGGAAUUCCAAGGUGGGUAUUGCAUCAGGAAAUGGGCAGGCAAAUAAGAAUAGAGCUUCCUAUGAAUUGGUAUGAAGAUGACCACUUUCUUGGAUUUGGAUUUUUCUGUCUUCAUUAUCAAUCAAACAAAAUUUAUUUAUCUUUGAAAUUUGAUGAAGGAGAAUAUCCUUACCUUGCACUAGAAAUUAUCAAAAGUGAAUGCGACGAGAUUAAUGAUAGUGAAUCAGAUCAAGUGUUGCUAGUGUACUAUCCUAAGAUUUCUUUUAGGGACAACGAGUUCCACUCCAAUCAAUAUAUGCACCUUCAGGCUUCAUUUGCUACAUAUGAUAGGGAAUCAAAAAUCAAAAGUUGUGGGGUCCAUCUUAUAUACUCUCAAGACAAUCAACAGAACCAUAUCUUGCCGGUAGAUUUUCUUGGCACCCAAGAUGGUGAAGACAACAGAUCAACAACAACAGCUAUGAAGAGAAGCCGUGAUGACACAGAACAUAACCAAGCGGAGGAACCACACCAUAAAAGAUCGAGAGAACCCAAUACCCAUCUCAAGCUUUAAACUUAAACACCAACCAACAGGUGUUGAGGAUGAAGCAGUGAAAGUCUCAAUCAAAGAACAAAUGCACAUUACUGCUAUUCACACACUUAAACAUGAUUUCAUCUCAGUGCUAAACACAAGGUAGAAUUGGAGCUUUGUGCAUAAAAAAAAAAUGUCAAACAGUUCCAUGAUCUUAGCCUUCCUCAAAGGCUGGGAAAAAAAAGCAAGCUUUGGAAUGCAUUUUGUGAGCAUAUGAAGACAUUGAACAGUGUGAAAACUUGAGGAGUCUUUCGAGCAGCAUUUGUAGGUUGAAAUACCUUGAAAUACUUUCUCUAUGGUUGUUCAAACUUGGAGAUUUUUCUGGAAAUCAUGGAGGAUAUGGAAUGCUUACAGGAGCUUGAUUUAAGUGGAACGUGUAUAAAAGAGCUUCCAUCAUCAAUUGAGUUUCUAAAACAUCUCGCUUAUUUGUGGUAAGAAAGCUUGAGAUCCCUUCUGGACAUAUAUACAAAAGAUCUUUCACUUGGACAUAUAUACAAAGGACUCCUAGUUUCUGUUAGUCUCAAGUCAUAGAUUGAUUUUGACUACAAUUGAUUCUGGUAGCAAGGCUCUUGAAUUUCUGAGGCUUGAAAAUGACCCAAACACAAUGAUUGUUUCUCCAAACAGUCAUUAGAUAAAUACAUUGUGGCAGCAACGUAAGUUCGUAUACUUUGUUCUUCUGGCUGGAUUUUUUUGGAGGUGCAAUUUGAUGGAUAUUGGCCCGCAAAAUUUGGCAUGGAUUCAACCAGAAAUGAACUGGCUUUGGUAUCAAUGGGAAAUUUGGAGGUGCAAUCUGUAUCAAUUACAGGAGGCCCAACCCUGUUCAAUGGUAAUGAUGCAGGGAAAGAGCCAAAAAAUGAAUAUUCAAGGAUACACCGUUGGAAACCCAAUAACAAAUCACUUUAGUGACUUCAAUUCAAGAAUUGCAUACACUCAUCAAGUAGGAAUUCUAUCAUAUGAGCUUUAUGAGGCCAAUAUCUAAAAGCUAAGGUUGAUGGAGGAUUUGGCAGGGACAUGCUGGAGUUUUUGUUGAAAGGACAUGUGGUUGCUUAUAGAACCAUGGUUACAAGAGUUUCUUGAAAUAGCCUGAAGAUUAACUGAUUGAUAGAGUUGUCGACUUGUGAUGCAGUUGCGUUUGCUGAUGUUUGCUGAAAGAUUAUCUAAAUGGCAGUGUCGAUUUGAUUAUGGUUUGCUGAUGUUUAUAUUGACAUUCAGUUUGGUAUCUGUAACUGGCUAUCCUCAACCAUCCUCAUUAGUAGCACCACAGCUGUGUUUGUAUCCAUAGGCAUCUGCCCAAUGUGGGCUGGUGAUGAUCUUCACAAGUUGGUUGCUGGCAAUGUUGAAAAGCUUGGGAACUUCUUAGAAGGAUUUUCAGGGGAAUAUUUUAGAGUCUUAGGAGAUGGAGAAUCCAAGGAUAGCAAAACAUUUCUUCAAGGAUACAAAAGUAUUUUGACUUCAAAAAUCAUUGAAGAUUCCUUGUGCUAAACACAAGGUAGAAUUGGAGCUUUGUGCAAAAAAAAUGCCAAACACUUCCAUGAUCUUAGACUUCUUCAAAGGUUGGGAAAAAUGCAAGCUCUGGAAUGCAUUUCGUGAACAUAUGGAGACAUUGAACAGGUAAAUAUUUACAAGAUGGUCAACACUAUAAUAGAUGCUCAACAAACAUGAUUGACUUGAGAGAGAAUUUGAGUAACCAGCAUAGCAUUUUUGCGAAAACCAUGUUAGGCUUGAUAGUGCUUUUAUCUAAUGCUAUACAUAUAUUGAUUGAAAUAGUACAAACAUAGAGCUACCUUUCUAUCAUUAUUUGGUUCUUAAUUUUGUUAACUGAGUCUAAAAUAUAUUAGAUGUGUUAAAUUUUGUGAUUCAUCAUUAUGAAAGGCAUCAUAUAUGAGUGCACACACAUUGAAACUCAUAUUAUCUCCAGUUGGAAAAUAAAUAUUUCAUUGAGGGUGUCUUAUGGUUUAGGGAAUGAAGUAAAGAAUUAUGUCAUUCUGCAUAACCUCUAAUUUUAUACUCUAGUUUAGACAUAUAUAUUCUUCUUAUAUCAGAUACUUAGAUUUUGGCUUUUUCAUUAUAUAUGAAAUCCAUAUGCAUGAAAACUUAAAUAAAGAGAAAAUAUAAUACAAAGUGGGAAGCAAAUCACUUGAUCCCCAGGGCCAAUAGAGCUGCAGAAAUAUCCUGAGCUUCAUAACCCUCUUCUACAAAGGCAAUAUGAGGGCUAUCUUGUGGGAUCGUGUUUUCCCUUUUGAAGUUGUCUUUCAUUGCAAUGAAGUUUCUCCCCACCAUACCUCACCAAACCUAUUAGAAUAAUGGCCUUGUGGAGGCCAACAACUAGGUCUUCAUAAUUUGUAUCCCAUCUUUUCUAAACAAACACCACCAUUUUAAAGAGGUCAAUUCCCCACCUGAUUGAGACAUACCUGCAGAAGACAUAAAUGUAAAAGAGUUGGUAGUGUUUUUUAUGUGUGCUAUAUGCAUAGGGAAGAGAUCUUACCUUGGUGCUUAGACCCUUGAUGCAGAUAAGGGUACCACAUUCAACCUUAAUGCAAUUUGCAUAUGGACAAGGCAACAAUGGAAGCCUCUUAUCUGCAUCCUUUUGUUACAGGCCAUCAAUUCUCUAAGUUUAUCAUUUAUUUGUUUAAAUUCUUAUUGGAAAUAUAGUACAAGAAAAUCAAUCAGUUCAUAUCCAAGGUACUAGUCUCUACAACUUUUUUUCCAAAGGGUGGUUAGUAACAAUCUUACCUUAACUUUUGGUUUCUCCUACAGCCACCCACAUUUCAUACUCCACAAUGUCAACCAUUGAUCUAACAUUCUUAGCAUGCCAUCAAUACUCAACAUGGGCCUACUAGAUCUUUUACAUAAAAACAAGGGUAAAGAAGAAAUUUUAUCCAUCUAUGAAUGUGCACCCAAUGGAUUAUUUGAUCCAUAUUGAUGCAAUACGGUCAAAUGCACUAGUAAAUAUGUUCCUCCUCAUGUCAACAUAUUUUAUUGUCUAGGAGGAAUUACACUUACUAGUUUUUUAGUACAAGUAUUUGUACUACAAAUCAACUACAAAACCCCUCAAUGGACAUUAAAUUUCCCUCCCACAAUUAUAAACCAAUGCAUCAAAUUCUUUUAAGUUCACUUGAUAACAUCUUAAAUUUUCUACUAUUCUCUUGUAAACUCAAACCAAUCAACAAUACCAAUCUUAUUCAACUUAAGCUAGAGUUGAUAACUUUCAUCACAUUUUUUAUAAUUGUCAGUAAUCUCUUAGUGCAAUCUCUAUUGCUAUCAUAACAAUCUAUUACAUACAACUCUUGUUUUUUUUUAGGAUUGUGGCUAACACUAUAAUUAAGCCAUGUGGGUUAGAGUUUCAAUGAGUUCCUUCUGUUAGUUUCUGCAUUAAGUGCUCGAUUAAUCUUAAAGUAUCCAUAAAGAGAAACCUUUAAAAGAAGGUCUUCUACAUCCCUUAGGGAGUCACUCAUGGGUUCUUCAAUAGUUGGCAUGAUCCCAAGAUGGGUGUUGUAGUGGCGGUUCCAGUGGUGCUCAACAUGGGUAAGUAGUUACAGUAUGUUCUAGCCAUGAAAACUAAUGGAUGUUCUUUAGCCCAUUUUAUGGAACUGAAGUCAUAAGUUAUUGUCAGUAAGGAGGUUUAGGAGGGCAUUUUCUAUGCCUUUUUGGUCAUGUCUAUGAGGAGUUUACUGUUAUGUGCCUUGUUAGAUAAAACAAGUAGGUUUAUAGAAAAUAACUAUUGAAAGUUCAAUAUAUAAACUCUUAUGACGAUGGGCUAAGAUCUAAAUAAGCAGAAUCCACCGGGCUUGCUAGUCUAACACCUAAUUGUAUUGAUCUAAAAUUUACCUUGAUAAUAUCCCCAUGCCCACUAUUUUUUGUAGCAACAAUAGAUAAACCAUAUUCUAACCCAAAAAAAGGGGUGUAAACCAUAAGUACCUACUUAUAAGGCAAUAAAUGGAUUAGAUUGGAACCAAAUGGCUCCACAAGAGCUGGGUUGAUAAAAACCCAUUUCAAGAGGCAAAUCCACCACAAAAGUGGUAACAUUAGAUGUUUGUAUGUCACAAUGAAAAGAACAAAAAGGUUUAGGUGUUGAAAACCAUAAGCAGGGACCCAGGCUGAUUAAUUGUGGGUCUUGCUAUCGACAUGAAGUAGCCUAAUUUGGCCAUUGAUACUUAGAGAUGAUGGGACUUAUGUUUUCUGUUAGCUAUUUCAUCAAUACUAAAAAUUUUGGCAGACCAUGAUCAAUAUGAAUUCUUAGAACUUGCUACAGCUUUGUUAAGGGCCCACUAAUCUUUGAUAGGGGAUCAUAAUGUAUGUGUUGAAUAUUCUACAAGGAUUAUGAAAUUUACUUUAGUUUUUGUAGCUAACGUAUGUGUUCCUAGAACUUUGGACUAUGAUGCUUUGGAUAAGGCACUUGACCACACAAGUCACACUUCUCUAUGAACUUAAGCACUGUUGUAAGGGAAACCGAGCUACUCUUAGACAUUUCUUCUAUGUCGUCUUUGUUUCCUAAAAUCAAUGUCUACAAAAACAAGACCAAAUCAACAAGAAACAUAGCUUAGAGUCAAUGUUAAAAUUGUAUUUGUUUUCUAUUUGGAUCAUGGGAAAGCGCUUUGAAAUGAAAUUUUUUUACUAGUCUGGCUAUCUCUCCAAAAGCCUUGAGCAGAGACUAGUGACAUUAUUUUUAGGAUCAAGACAAGACAACACAAGUGUCAUUGUCACCUUAUGAAUGUUGCAUUGUAACAUAGCUAAAGUAAAGCAAUACCAUGGAAAUUUAGUACUACUUGGUUUAGUUAAGGUAUGGUUUUGAUAUUGCUGGAGUCAAUUCCUCUACCAUCUGUGGCUGGUCAUAAAUGAUUCUAGUCUAGGUAAGUGAGUUGUACUUGGCUACAGUGAAUACUUCAUUUUCUUUUCAAGUUCAAGAAUUGAUCUUGUGGUUGUUUUUACUCACUCCAUUAGGUUAUCGUGGUUCUUUCGUUUUCUUUACCUUGCUCCUAUAGUAAUGAAAUACUUCCUAUCUACAAGUGUGUUGCCAAAUGCAUAUCUAAAUGGUGGUUUAUUCUUGCCAACAGUUGCCUUGUCCCCAGAAGUCUCCAAGUGAGUAAUGAAAGGAUAUAAAACUGAUUUCCAUAAAGGAU